GAGAUCGGGGACUACGACAACCUUACUCAAUUCCUCGGCGAAGAGGGCUCUCUGGACGAACUGAAGAUGUUCGCAAACAUGACACCACGUGUUGAAGCCAAGAUCCGGGACUACCAUAAGACAUUAGCGUACGUUUUUACCCCACAAGCUGCAUAA